AUGAACUCACUAAGCUACUCUCCUCCUGAUAAAGAAGAGGAGGUCUACUGGACGGAGAAAGAAGCUAUGGGACUGAACAUUGUCGUGAAAGAAGAGGAGGGGGAUAUUACAGUUAAAGGAGAGGAAGACGCUUUCAGAAUGAAAGAGGAGGUAGAAGAGGCUAUCAGUAUCACAUUGAAAGAAGAGGAUGAUGUUAUAGUGAAAGAAGAGAAAGAACAUAUUAGAGUGAAAGAUGAAGAGGGGAUAGAGGCUGUCACAGUAGAAGAAGAGGUAGAAGCUUUCAGAAUGAAAAAGGAGGAAGAGGAGGAGGAUGUUAUAGUGAAAGAAGAGAAAGAACCUUUUGAAGAGGAAGAGGAGGCUGAAGAUCUGAUUAACACCCGAGCGAGACCAGACUCUCACUCAGACAGAGGAAAGAGUACUUCAGGGCAACCAGACCCAAAGAUGGCCAAACCAGUGAGACCACACCACUGCUCCCAUUGUGGAAAGAGUUUUAUUAAUUUAAGGAGUCUAAAAGUUCAUCAAAGAGUACAUACAGGAGAAAAGCCUUACCACUGCUCACAGUGUGGAAAGAGUUUUACUCAGUUAGGGAAUCUGAAAAUGCAUGAGCGAAUACACACAGGAGAGAAGCCUUUCCACUGCUCCCUGUGUGGAAAGAGUUUUACCCAGUUAGCUGCCCUGAAAAUACAUGAGAGGACGCACACAGGAGAGAAGCAUUUUCACUGCACCCUGUGUGGAAAGAGUUUUACCCGGUUAGGGUCCCUGAAAACGCAUGAGCAAAUACACACUGGAGAGAAGCCUUUCCACUGCUCCUUGUGUAGAAAGAGUUUUACCCAGUUAGGGGCCCUGAAAAAACACGAAAGGACACAUACAAGAGAGAAUCAUUUCCACUGCUCCCUGUGCGGAAAGACUUUUAUCCAGUUAGGGUCCAUGAAAACGCAUGAGAGGACACACACUGGAGAGAAGCCAUAUCGCUGCUCCCAGUGUCAAAAUACCUUUUCCGCAUUAAGGGACCUGAAAUCACAUGAAAGAACCCACUUAGUAGAGAGGCAGAGGCCGUUCCAAUGCUCUCAGUGUGGAAAGAGAUUCAUCCAGUCAUCACAUCUGAAAGAUCACAUGACAACACACACAGGAGAAAAACCGUUCCAAUGCUCUCAGUGUGGAAAGGGUUUUACCAGGUUAAGCACACUAAAAACACACAAGAGUACACACAGGAGAUCAGCAUUUCCAAUGCUCUCAGUGUGGAAAGGGUUUUUACCAGGUUAAGCACACUAAAAACACACAAGAGUACACACAGGAGAUCGGCAUUUCCAAUGCUCUCAGUGUGGAAAGGGUUUUUACCAGGUUAAGCACACUAAAAACACACAAGAGUACACACAGGAGAUCGGCAUUUCCAAUGCUCCCAGUGUGAAAAGAAACGGUUAGAAAAUGCAUCCAUUAACAAUAGUUAGGGAACCUGCAAGACCACGACGGAACACACACCGGGAAGAUGCCGUACCACUGCUCCCAGUGUGGAAAGAGAUUUAUACGUAGUUAGGGAACCUGCAAGACCACGACGGAACACACACAGGGAAGAUGCCGUACCACUGCUCCCAGUGUGGAAAGAGAUUUUUCACAUCUCAUAACACAGUGCUCCCACACUUUUUGGGGGUGGGGGACUGAGAAUGUGUUUUCCUGGGUUGGAUCGGUCAUGAAAAUCUGGGAAAAGUCAUGAAUUUUUUGUUGUUGUGUUUUCCAAAAAAGUGUUUUCAAAAAGUCAAUGGAAAUGAAUUGAACU